GCUGUGCAUGAAAAUUGAAAUGAGAAACUUCAUGGUUAUUUUCCAUCCACAAGUUGCUGCCGCCCACGAUCCAGUGAACUUUUUGAUUAUCCAAAGUGACAAUUUAUAUCACUUUGGGGACAACUGGGCCGACGGCAUCUGUACGCACACGUUCGUCACUUCGUCUCAAUUAACCAACCACUCCCUCCCCUCUCCCUGCAUUCAAGAACUCCAUGAGAGUGAGAGUGAAAGUGAAAAACUAAAAAACCAAACAUUUAGUGCCCUUGCAUGAUGAUGAUGAACAGGACCAGCAUAUUGGUACUCUGCCUCUCUUCAUGGCUUCUGAUCUCUCUUCCCCCUGCUCUCACCGCCGAUGAUCCGCCAUACAAGGCGGUGAAUCUAGGAAACUGGCUCGUUACAGAGGACUGGAUGGAGCCUUCCUUCUUUGACGACAUACCCAACAAAGAUCUUUUGGAAGGAACACAAGUGCAAUUCAUGUCAACAAAGCUGCAGAAGUACCUCUGCUCUGAGAAUGGGGGUGGAGCCGCGGUGGUGGCCAAUCGUUCCUCUGCCUCUGGAUGGGAAACUUUCACGUUGUGGAGGAUCAAUGAGUCGACCUUCAACUUUAGAGCGUUGAACAAACAAUUUGUGGGGUUGGAAAAUGGAGGGCAGGGAAGCAGUGUUGUGGCAGUUUCAAAUGGAGUUGGUGACCCUGAAGCAUUUCAGAUUGUAAGGAAUGAUGGUGACCAAAAUCUGGUUCGCAUCAAGGCAUCCAAUGGUCUAUUCCUCCAGGCAGAAACAGAUAAGGUAGUAACUGCAGAUUAUGAGGGCACUGGUUGGGAAGACACAAAUCCAUCAGUCUUCAAAAUGACGAUUGUCCGAACCAUAAGAGGUGAAUACCAGAUCACAAAUGGUUAUGGCCAAGAUAAAGCUCCUCAAGUCAUGCAGAAUCACUGGAACACUUACAUCACUGAUGAGGACUUCAAAUUCAUGUCGGCCAAUGGACUGAAUGCUGUGAGGAUUCCGGUCGGGUGGUGGAUAGCGAGCGAUCCAACACCGCCAAAGCCCUUUGUUGGUGGUUCCUUGCAAGCUUUAGACAAUGCUUUCACAUGGGCACAGAAAUAUGGGAUGAAAGUUAUAAUUGAUCUGCACGCAGCUAACGGUUCGCAAAAUGGUGAGGCUCACAGCGCAACAAGAGAUGGAUCUCUAGAAUGGGGAGAUUCCAACAUACAGGAGACCGUGGCAGUAAUAGACUUUCUGGCACAAAGAUAUGCUACUAAUCCAAGCUUAGCAGCGAUCGAGCUGAUGAACGAGCCUAAUGCACGGGGUAUCACUCUGGAAAUCCUUGAGAAGUACUACAAAGCGGGCUACGAUGCAGUGAGGAAAUACACUUCAAGUGCAUAUGUGAUCCUAUCGAACCGGUUAGGACCUGCUGAUCCAAAGGAGCUCCUCUCGUUCGCCAGCAGCCUGGAUCGCGUGGCCAUUGAUGUACAUUACUAUAAUCUCUUCUCUGAUAAGUUCAGCAAAAUGAACGCACAGCAGAACAUUGAUUUCAUCUACAACCAACGAUCCUCCGACCUCGGCACUGUGACUACAGCCAAUGGCCCCCUCAGCUUUGUGGGGGAAUGGACGGCAGAAUGGGCAUUAAAUGGAGGAACUAAGGAAGAAUACCAGAGAUUUGCAAAAGCCCAGGUAGAGGUGUAUGGGCGUGCCACUUUUGGAUGGGCAUAUUGGGCAUACAAGUGUGUUCCCCAACACUGGAGCCUCAAGUGGAUGAUAGAGAAUGACUUUAUAAAGCUCUAAGACACGUGUUUUAUGGCUACUCCAUCGAUCAUGUACUUCUAUGUUGUUACAUCUCACCGCAACCAUGACAUAAAAUACUAUAUAAAAGGCAAGAAGGCUACUAUGAGAAGAUCAUGCACACAUCUGUAGCAAAUUUAAAAAACAAAAAUAAAAUAAAAUAAGGGUUUAACGGUU